AAUCGAGAACAUUUACAAGCAAAGUCUUCUCAAAGUUCAUCGAAAGAACCGAAUGAAAGAAAACAUCAAUGUGACAAGUGCCCCAAAAAGUUUUUAUAUAAAUCACAAUUACAAAGACACGUGAGAUCACAUACAGGAGAACGACCAUUUUUGUGUCAGAUCUGCAAAAAGGCUUUCACACAAAAGGCACAUUUAAAAGGACAUAUGGCAUUAAUGCAUUUGAAUGAGGAAACUGUAUCUUUGUCUCAGGAUAAGAAACAUCAAUGUAGUGAAUGUGGGAAAACAUUUUCUAAAAAAUGUCUCUUAGACAUUCAUAUCAGAAUUCACACUGGUGAGAAAACGUUUCUUUGCGAAAUUUGCGGAAAAACUUUUUCUCAGUAUGGAACUUUAUUUAGACACAGAAAAAUACAUUUUCGAGAAUUCGAAUGCAACUAUGAUGGUUGCGAUUUCAGUACAGACCAUUAUUUCAAAUUGCUAAGACACGUGAAUCGAGAACAUUUACAAGCAAAGUCUUCUCAAAGUUCAUCGAAAGAACCGAAUGAAAGAAAACAUCAAUGUGACAAGUGCCCCAAAAAGUUUUUAUAUAAAUCACAAUUACAAAGACACGUGAGAUCACAUACAGGAGAACGACCAUUUUUGUGUCAGAUCUGCAAAAAGGCUUUCACACAAAAGGCACAUUUAAAAGGACAUAUGGCAUUAAUGCAUUUGAAUGAGGAAACUGUAUCUUUGUCUCAGAUUGUGACAAUUUAG